CCGAUGUGCGAGGCUCAGGGCGGCGUCGAGGCAACUUUCAGUGCCUUCAGCAGGAGCCAGUACGAUGCUCUGAGACGCCUGCGCGCCUACUGGGUUUCCAGGUUUCUCCUCCAUCACCAGAGAACUAGAUACCUCAGGACUGUCCCCACCUCAGGCUCCCAGACCAAGCCUAGGCCGCCCAUGAACACUGACUUCCUGCCUUCGCUCAAGGUGUUUGCGUCGCUUCCUGUUGUGGGUGAUGGCUGCAUGAGCCACACGAAUAGAAGCGCAGACUGGUUCAGCCUGCCGCACUCUGGUGCAAGCUGGCGAGGCAGGAUUGUGUCAGCUCCGCAGCCAGACCUCUCAUGGAAUCUCCCUGACACACCGCUGACCUCCCACCUCCUCCAAGCACUAAUGUGUGAUCCUGGGGCUGGGGGGAGCUUUCUUCACUACCUGACCAGGUUUGAGGAUACUCAGAAGGUCCAUAACCUCCAGUUGUGGCGAGCGCUGGAGGAGCACCAGGCCACUUGGGAGUGGCAGGCAGACCGGCUCAAACCCCACCGCUCAGCCUGGCAGAUCUUCCACAAGUACUUGGUGCAUGGUGCGCCAUGUGAUGUUGGACUCAGCUCCGAUAUGCCACAUUACAUCCAGCAUCUCCAGGAGAUGCUCAGCUCCAGCAACCAACCUCUGGAGCCUUUGGCCUUGGAGCCAGUGGCUCAGCACGUGCUCGCUGUUCUCUGUGAGGCCUGGCUCCGCUACCUCCGCUAUGAGAUAGCCACCUUCCUAGAGUACUGCAUCCCAGACUCUUACCUGGAAGUGCAGGAUGUCAGGAGCAAAGACAGUAGAAUAAAGCAGAGAAGAGACAGGGCCAGGAAGAGGAAGGAAAAUACCGGCUUUCAUGCCCAGGAAGGCAGAAAGCAGCAGAGGAGACACCGAAAGAAAGCAGCAGCUGAGCCCCAAGGCUCAGGCCAUGCUGGCCUGGCAAGUGGGGAAGGGUCAGUGACACCCCAGCGUGCCCUGAACCUGCUCAACAACAAGGUGGUUUUCAAAGCCUAUAGAAAGGCAGCUCAGGAAAUGCAAGAUGCAGGGCUCCAGAGGGUGCUGGAGCUGUUGGAGAAGCUGGAGCGAUGCCAGGCAGCCCCAGAGGGGAGGAAGCGGCUGAGCUGUGUGCUGAAGUUCCUGGACCUCUGGGACCAGCAAGGGGCUGGGCCACUGAGCCCUCGCCUCCCCAGGGAGCUGAGGAAGAGACUGAGGGCAGAGGUGGGCCAGGGUAGAGUAAGCGACUUGAGCAUAGAAGAAAUCCAAGCUGCCUUGUAUGCGCACAUUGCUCCGGCCUUCGAGAGCUUCUGGGCUGAGGUGAGUGAGGGGCUGGGCAGGCACGGAGUACAGCCCUCCCAGAUCCAAGACGAGGGCUGGCCAAAGCUUCAGCCACUCCUGCAUUUGCUGGCUGCCAAGGUGGCCCUCAAGCGUCUAAGGAACAGGAAAGCCGCAGUGGGGUCAGCAGCUACAGCCCAGCCCAGCCAGGAAGACAAAGCCUCCUUCUGCCAAUUCCUCAGGACUGCUGCCGAAGGCUGGCCCACCCUGGAGAUGCUGCACUUCCUCAAACACCUGCAGGUCCAUGGCCCCCCUGUGCUGGAGCAUGGCCUGCACUUCCAGCUGGAGGUGCAGAAGUUCAAGAACGCCCAUCACGCCAUGCCGGACAGGGCUCUCCUGAGGAAGAAGGUGCAGGUGAUCCGCAACUGCUUCCUUGUCUCCCAGCUGGAGCCCCGGCUGCAGGUAGGCCUCAUGGUCUGACAGAGGAGUAGCAACGGGGCAAAGAGAUGGUCAGGCAGGCCUAGGGCAAGAGAGAGGAGGAGCUGGAUCUAAAGCAUUAGCAGUGAGUUGAUAUAUAACACAGGAGUUCUGCAAAACAGAGUGGUGGGUGUGUAAACUCCAUGGGCUCCCUCUGAAGUCAGUGAAAGCAGGACUGGGCCUCAAUGGCCAUGUUUAAUGCUGUAAAGGGGAACAGGCUAGUUCCCAAUUUCCUCCCCCACCUGAAAAAUUCCAAGAAGAUGAAAUACAGUGAUCAACCCCAAUGUAAUCCUCAGGCCAGCUUCAGCCCAGGCUAGCUCCCCCCCCACCCCAGCCUGUUCGCAGCUCACCUAGUCUGGGAAACGCCCUGCACAGCAGCACCGGUGCUCUGGUAACACUGGGGCUGAGAGCGCCCAGCGCCAGCCUGUGCAGAAUGAGAGGCCAAACUGGCGCAGAAGCCGCUGGGAUAUCUAGCAGAUCUUUUUGCAGCUGGUAACAUGGAGACUUGCUCCCCUGCCCCAGGCCCCUGAGCAUGUUUGUGGCUUGCUCUCUAGGUGGUGGUGGAUGCUGAGAAGUUGGGGAGAGCUCUCCGGGCGGCUGAGCAGGCUCUCCAGCAGGAUGCCCCAGCACCACCUCCCGGCCUGUUUGAUGAGCUGAGGGACUCCGUCUUCAGCACCCUACUGCCGUACUGGGCUGGGUUCCGAAAGGCCUGGCUGAAGCGGUCGCUUGAGAGUGCCCAGAGAGCCCCGGGUACGUUCAUCACCCUGAGCCCCUGUCUGACGGCAGAGCCCCCCCUUCUCUGGAGAAUCCGAGGAUCAGGAGAUGGCAGGGAUUUUGCAGCUGCUCCAGGAGGGUUCCCUGCUGUGGGAACUGGGCAGCACACUUCAAGCAAGAGAGGCUGAAGGGGCAUGUGGAGACAGUUGUGUGCUUACAUUUGCAAGUGCAAUACCCAUGCUAAAGAAACAGCAUGUGCAGGCCUGGCUCUCACAAAGGCCCAUGGCCAAUUGAAAAAAUGACCCGUGGCUCACAUGAAGCCUUCCUCAUUCCUCUUGGGAAAAUAAUGCCAGAGCCCAGUAGCUUACCCUGGCAGGAGUGAUGCCACCAGAAUGGUCCUUUUGCUUUAUUGCAUCCCACUGCUGCUAGCUCGACUUUCCUGCUCUUUGUGUGACUCAUCUCUGAGCUCCCUCCAGCCUGUCACCACCUUGAGCUGCCCAGAGCUGAGGCAAGAUGUAAAGGACCUUUGAUCUCUCAUUGGGUGGGGCAGGUCACUUCCUAGUGAAUGGCCAGACCUUUCCCUCCUCCUGGUUUUCAUUCUCUGGGCAGGGAGGGGUGUUU